AUGGAUGCGACUGAUGGCAUUAAGAAGCCAUCUUUGACAAUGACAUUAACAGAAUUGGUGCCAGAAGCGAUGAUUUUCCUUAAGCUACCUCCAGUUCUCCAGGCUCGCCUAAUUGUCAACCUUGCCCUCCCGUCAAGGCCGUUCAGCAAAAAACCGGUACCUUCUGGUGGGACCGAGGCAUCCAGCGUCGACCGCAUCAAAACAACCGCUGUUAGAAUAUCAUCAAAGAGCCUUUCGAAUUAAAGAUAAUAUCAUUAAUAGUCAAUUACAACUAUGAAAUGAUCUUUUAUAUGCACAAGGAAUUCAAAAUAAUUAAUAAUUUUCAGGAAAUAUUUAAAAGUCC